AUGGGAAGGUAUGGAAAUGGGGCUUCUGUGGAGGAUAUUGCACAACAAGCAGGCUGUUCUGAGGGGUCUGUUGAAAACUACACUGACCGAUGUUUUGAGGCGAUUGAGUCUCUUCAUGAUCUUUUUGUGCAGAGGUUAACCUCAGCAGAAAAGGAAGUGGAGAAGCGGUGGAUGGAUGAGCAUCUUGGCUUCAAAGGAAAGUGGCGAGAGGGUUGGGUGAUGUAUGAUGGGACCAUUGUUGUUCUCUACAAAAAACCUGGACUCAACGGUGAUGCGUAUUACACAAGAAAAGGGAAUUAUGGUCUUAAUACCCAGGUGGAUUGGAAAUAUCCAUUGAAUCUCCGUAUCGUCGAUUAUUCCCAUGGAAUGACUGGCUCAGCUCACGACACCAUGGCAUUUGAGCAUACAACAGCUGCAAAAUAUCCUGACUGGUUUUUCGAAGGCGAGGAAUUUGCCUGGGCAGAUUCUGCAUAUGCUGUCAAUUCUCGUACAAUUCCAGUCCACAAGAAACCUGCAUCAGAUGAUCCUGCAAAUGCAUUAUUCGACAAAGCUGUUGCUCAUCUUCAGCAUUGCAUGGGUGCUCUGAAAGGUCGAUUCCAGUGUCUUCGAGGCCUUCACGUCAGCAUCAAUUCGAAACAAGAUCAUCAUGAUGCAUGCCAUUGGAUUAUAAUUGCCAUCAUCCUUCAUAACCUCAUUAUUGACGUCGAGGGCUCAAAAUCAGCAGCCCAUUUUGGACAGGACCAUGGCCAUGCUGAAGAAUACAUCAACAGAGGUCAGUGA